AUGGUGCUUUGCCUUUUAGGGGUAACUCAUUAUCAGGAUGAAUUUAGGUUGACCAUUCUAACCGGAUCAACGUAUCUGUGCAACUCUUUUCAGGCAUCUCAUCAUCGGGCUUCCGUGGACAGUUUGCGCAGGGUUUUCCAGAAGUAUGCCAGUGUUGUCUCCAAUGGGGAACAUUACAUGACUCCCAAAGAUUUUGUUGUCCGAUUUCUACGUUUGGCCGAUGAGGAAAAUUAUAACGAAGCCACCGUGGAAUGUAUUGCGCGCGCGGCUGACACAUCCAAAGACGGUCUUAUUUCGUUUGACGAGUUCGUCGCAUUUGAAUCGUUGCUUUGCACUCCCGAUGCUCUUUAUACGCUGGCUUUUGAGAUGUUCGAUCGAAAAGGUCAAGGCUGUUUGGAUUUUGGUGAGUGCAUUCUCACAUGA